AGAUCAGAUUUUCUCCAAUGUGGUUUAAGAUUUCAGAAAGUCCAUCAGGGUAGGAGUUCAGGAGGAGGAGAGGUGGACCAGUCCAGACCAGACUGCUCUACUCAAGGCAGUCCGUCCUUCCUCGAGGCAGCUGACAGCCACAGGCCACCAUGACGGAGUGGACCCUGCUCAAACGUCUCCUGGAUGCUGUCCACCAGCACUCCACCAUGAUCGGCCGCCUGUGGCUCACCGUCAUGGUCAUCUUCCGGCUGCUCAUUGUCGCUGUGGCGACUGAAGACGUGUACACUGAUGAGCAGGAGAUGUUCGUGUGCAACACGCAACAGCCGGGAUGCUCCACCGUCUGCUAUGAUGCGUUCGCGCCCAUCUCCCAACCUCGCUUCUGGGUCUUCCACAUCAUUAGUGUCUCCACGCCGUCCCUCUGCUUCAUCAUCUACACGUGGCACAACCUGUCCAAGCUUCCCCACAACACCACCCAGAGGCAAAGGCAAGGACUAGGAGUUAUCCCAGGGCAGCGAGGACCAGACUUAGGGCACGGUGGCGGACAAGAGGUGUAUGACAGGAGCUGCGACUCAGACAGCUGCUCCAUCCGUUCACAUAAGCAUUUAGGUCACAGCCUGGCGGAUGUGCUGGAGGGCACCACCAGCCAGAGCCUCCAGAGGGGAGACCCCAACAACAGGGUGUCCUUGAGCCACGCCCGAGCUUGCACCUUCAGAGACAGGAGUGGAGAGGGUCACGGGGUCUCUGGAGGUGUUCUGUCUAAAUGUUACGUCUUCCAUGUGUGUUUACGGUUUGUGCUGGAGGUUGGCUUUGUCCUAGCCCAAUGGAAGCUGUUUGGUUUCCAGGUGCCUGUCCAUUUCCUUUGUACCUCUGCCCCCUGCAGUCAGCCGGUGGACUGCUACGUCUCCAGGCCCACGGAAAAGACCAUCUUCUUGCUCUUUAUGUUCAGUGUGGGGGUUUUCUGUAUCCUGCUCAAUGUGCUGGAGCUCAACCACCUGGGCUGGAAGAAGAUCCAGCAGGCAGUGAAGCUGAGGGAGAGGGCGUCCUGGGGAGGCUGUCCAGGUAUAACGCGGGGCUAUGAAACCUUCCCUCCAGACAGCCCCUCUCUCACACCCUCUUUAAGCUUCAGGGAUGUGACCAGCACCACCUCCCUGCCCACUUUGGACCUGGUGGAGGGUCACCAGCCUGACUGGACCUAUGCUGUGAACUGUGGCAUGAUGAGGGAGCCUGAGGAGGUCAGAGAGACGAGACUGGAGCAACCAAAGAGACAGGACUCCUUUAAAGGAGAGAGGCAGCCACUGAAGAGUAAGAGGGUGAUCAGAGAGUCCAAACAGAGGAGUGCUGAGGUCUGGAUAUAGUCUGCGACCAUGGGGAAGCAUAUUGCUACCUUUAAUUCUUUACCCGUGGAUCUCACUUGGUCCACAGCUAAAUGUAAUAGUUUAAAGGAUUGUUUCACCCAAAUAACAAAGAAACACAUUUAAUUACAGAAAUUACAUAAUUCUGUAUGUUUAAAAAAAUUGGGUCCAUUAUUCAGGGUAUUCACGGACUCUUUCAACUGUUUUCUAGAGGCUAUUUCUUCACCACAAAGGAUUUCCAAUGAAAACAUUUCCCAGACUGUAUUAUCCAGAACCAGGACUUUGUUUCUGGGAAACAUACACUACUGGUGAAACUUUAAAAAUAACUUUUGAAUGCGCAGCACAAACAAAACCCCUCCAAUUCACUAGCAUUGAUGUGACAGAUCUCAGAACCCGGCCAUGAAAACUAACACUAUCUGCAUUGCUAGGUAACGGAAAAAAUACACUUAGUUGGCAGAUUUCUGAGGUCCAAUACAUUGUAAUCAGGCCCUGCAGUACAUCCUAACUUCAUGAAAGUAAUAGUGUUCAGGUUUUGUUAAAAGUGUGUUGAUUCGACUGGUCAUUGUAGAGGACUUUGCAGUGCAUUUGGAUGUCAUUACACUAACACAUUCUUCAGUAUAUUUUCUCCACACUGUUUACAUAAGUGAGGGUGGACUGGGAUGUCCAGUGGCUUACUGAUUAAGCUGCACACUAUAUAACUGACCCUGGCUUGAUUCUGACAGGACUUUGGUUGAAUGUCAAACCUCUUCCUC